AUGUCCUCAGAGCUCAAGUACGAUCUAUGCCUACGGCAGCAGCCCGCGAACGCGCGGUCGUGUGGACUGGGCGACAGGGACAGACGGGUCGUCGACCCACCUCCGAUCCUGCAGCUGAGGAUCGACGCUCCGUGGCUCUCACGUCAGGAAAUCAGCCGCAAACUGAGGACACCGUCCUACGUUGUUCACUGCUCGAUAUGGAGCCCGGACGGGGAGGAGGACAUGUCAGGGAUGCCUGACGACUAUACAAGACAGAAACGAUUGAUGGGCAACCUCGUCGCAUCUCCAUUUGUUGGGUUUGACGAGCGCGGCGACGAAGGUUGCUUUUUCUGUUUCCCGGACAUCUCAUGCCGCACUCCCGGGAGGUACAGGCUCAAGUUCGUGCUUGUCGUCCUAGAGUGGCCCCUGCGGCCGAACGCGAAGUCGAUGAUCAGAGCCGAGCUACUUUCCGACGUCUUCCAGACGUACAGCGCCAAGGAGUUCCCCGGCAUGUUGGAGUCGUCCGCACUCGCCAAGGCCUUGAAGCAUCAAGGCUGUAACAUACCCACCAAGAAGGGGAAUGAUAAGACCGGCAAGCGGGACGACAGCGAGGAGAACUCGGGCGGGGAAGACUCCCCUCGCAAGCGAGCAAGGAACGACAGCCUGUGA